AUGCUGUUCUGCGCAAUUUUGUUGUUGUUUUUCAUCUUAGCGCUGUUAAAUUAUGUCACCAUGCUGCGCAUACGUCGUGGUGCACUUCGCAAUGUGCCGGGGCCGUACUGCUWUCCAUUUAUAGGCGCAGUGCAAUUAUAUCUCCAGCUUAAUAUGAAUAAUAUGCUGGAUCACAUGUCCAAGUUCCACGAGCAGCAUGGCAGCAUAAUAGCCGCUUGGGUGGCCAAUCGUGUGGGUGUUUSCAGUAUCGAUUUGGAAUUGAACGAGCAACUCUUGGCCUCACCACAACACAUUACCAAGCAUUUCAACUACACAAUUCUGCGUCAGUGGCUGGGCACCGGACUGCUGCUGAGCGACGGUCGCAAAUGGUUUGUACGCCGAAAGAUUAUAACRCCCGCCUUUCAUUUCAAGAUAUUGGAACAAUUUGUCGAGGUUUUCGAUCAGCAAUCGACGAUUUUGUUGAGUUGUUUGGCGAAGAAAGCCGAUGGCCGCAAUGUCUUUGAUGUCUAUCCGUUUGUUUGCUUGGCAGCUUUGGAYAUUAUAGCGGAGACAGCCAUGGGCACUAAAAUGGGAGCGCAAACUGAUGCGAGGAGUGAAUAUGCGUUGGCUGUGAAGAAAACCACAAAAAUUAUCGCCUGGCGUUUCACGAAAUUCCAUCUGAACAAUGAAAUUUUAUUCAGCAUCUUGCAUCCCCACCUCAAGUGGCAGCAAAUGCGUCUCAUUAAAACAUUGCAUGAGUUCACAACCAAACUGAUCAAACAAAGACGUGAGGCACUUGAAAAAAAUCGAAAAGUUGCGCCGCCGACUGAAGAUUUGACGGAAGACUCCCACUUUGUGGGYAAUAAGAAACGUAUGGCUCUGCUUGAUAUGCUGCUUCAGUCCACGAUCGAUGAUCAACCGUUGUCCGAUGACGAUAUACGCGAGGAAGUCGAUACUUUCAUGUUCGAAGGUCACGAUACCAUUACUUCGGGCAUAUGUUUCACACUAUAUUUACUCGCACGCCAUCCGGAGGCACAACAGAAGGUGCUGCAGGAAGUCACAGCUGUGUUGGGUAAUGAUCGAAAGCAAGCGAUCAGCAUGACUGAACUCAAUGAGCUCAAAUAUGUGGAAUGUGUUAUUAAGGAGACACUGCGUCUCUAUCCCAGUGUGGCUCUUGUGGGCAGACAAUUGACGGAGGACUUCAAAUAUACUCAUUCUCAGAUUGGAGACGGCAUCAUACCSGCGGGCUCUCAAAUUCUUAUCAGUCUUUAUGGCAUGUUUCGUCAGGCACGUUAUUUUGAACGACCCACUGACUUUGUGCCCGAACGUCAUUUGAAUAAUGGGAGCGCUAGUGCAUUUCUCUUUAUACCUUUCAGCGCAGGACCGCGUAAUUGUAUCGGCCAGAAAUUUGCCAUGCUGGAGAUGAAGAUGAUAAUUGCCAAGAUCGUGCGUGAAUACGAGCUGUUGCCCUUCGGCGAGCCCGUMCAAAUAGAAUCAAAUAUUGUUAUGCGCUCAACAACGGGGUUUCAGUUGGGCAUGAGAAAGAGAGAGUGACUUCUUAUAUUUUUAUUUGUAUUAAAGUGAUCAAAUAAGAUGUGGAAAWAUGUAUGUGUAUUUAAGACAUUUUCUUGUAGAAUAAAAUCUUUUUCGAAAAUUAAAGUAUAUUGAGAGAGGAUU